GCCUAUUGUAGGCUACCUCGUCCUGUCAUCGGACAAGACUCCUGUUUCCUCAAACAUGGAAAUAUACCUACUCCACUGCUUACACCCAGCGUUGGUCUUAUCAGAAACAGCACAUCAUGGCGAUUGAGGGAGGGGGGCGGAAUUGUGGCAUCCAUGAACUCAUAUGUGCCAGAAGAGUGUCUCCUGAGUUGCUAGGCAUCCUGUCCUCCAUAGCUGUCUUCAUGGCGGUGAUUGCUCUUUUUUUCCUCUACCUCAGUAACAAGCUGUCAGUGGAGAACACCAGUGAAUUCUCCUGCUUUGAUGAGUACAGGAAAGACUUGAAAGACAGAGGCACUGACCAGGGGUCGUCAGAGAGCGAGGAGGAGAGGCCGUGGAGACGCGGCGAGCCGGCCUCCCAGCCCCAGAAGACGUCUGGCUGGGGCAGCAACCGCAGCAAGCGCUCUGAGAAAGAGGCCUACAACAGCAAAGCCCCGACAGUUCAGGCUAACAGUGUCCAUCGCAUGAGGCACUCCACCCAGCUCAACGAGCUCCAGCCGCCUCCGUACAAGGCCUCGUCUCAGCCGCAGUCCCGCCAGACCCGCGCCCAAGACUCGGAAGAAGAGGACAGCGAAGAGGAGGAUGAUGAUGAGGAAGAAGAGGAGAGCGAGGAGGAAGAGGACAGCGAUGACCCGGACUACCAGAAAGAGGACGCUCCCAGCGACAGCACGGCGGUCCUCGGUCCCGAGGACUCCUCAGUGCCUCCUCUUCCUGCAGGGUACGAGCCGGAGGAGCUGGGGAAGUAUGGAACGCUGGACGUGGCGUUCGAGUACGAAACGGGCGAGCAGCGCCUGGCCGUGACGGUCACGGCCGCCACUGACAUUCCGGCCCUCAAGAGCACGGGCAACGUGUCCUGGCAGGUCCACCUGGUUCUCCUGCCUACAAAGAAGCAGCGGGCCAAGACUGGGGUCCAGAAGGGGCCGUGUCCUGUGUUUACUGAGACCUUCCGGUUCUCACGGGUGGAACAGGAGGCCCUGGGGAACUACGCGGUGCGGUUCCGCCUGUACAGUGUGCGGCGGAUGAAGAAGGAGAAGGUGCUGGGCGAGAAGGUGUUUUAUUUGACCAAGCUCAACCUGGAGGGCAAGAUGGCACUGCCCGUCACUCUGGAGCCAGGCUCUUCUGUCACGGGCUGUGGCUCUAUGGUAAGUGUGUCCCGCAGCAUGGGGGCGCUGUCCUACCACUCCACCGGAGACUCGGCCACGCCCGAGAUCCUCCUAGGCCUCCUCUACAACUCCACCACCGGACGCCUCUCCGCCGAGGUCAUCAAGGGCAGCCACUUCAAGAACAAUGCCUCUGACAAACUGCCUAGCGUCCCAGUUGGCCUGUUCUGCUGCAUAAAGCAGUUCAUAGGAGGCCAACUCUAUAUCAUGCGAGAUACCUACGUCAAGCUGAUCAUGCUGGACUCCAAGGGCAAGCAGAUGUCCAAGUGCAAGACGUCGGUGUGCCGCGGUCAGCCCAGCCCCACCUACAAGGAGACGUUUGUGUUUCAGGUGGCGCUGUUCCAGCUGUCGGAGGUGACCCUGCACGUGUCCGUGUACAACCGCCGCAGCAGCAUGAAGCGGCGAGAGCGCCUGGGCUGGGUCUCCCUGGGCCUUAACAGCACCAGUGACGAGCAGGAGGACCACUGGACGCACAUGAGGGAGGCCGAGGGUCAGCAGGUGUGUCAGUGGCACACUCUCCUGGACACCUGAGCGCGCAGGCCAGGCCAACCGGGGGGAAAGCGAGAAAACAGAAACGCAUUACGAUGCAUUUACGACGCAAAACGACACAUGGAAGUGAGGGCUGCUGGGAUGGGGACAGAGAAAUGUUAUCGCAGAUUUGUUGAUCUUACGCGUCCGUCAGUGGGCUCAACGGCGUGUUUUUACGGGCUCUAUGGAGAAGGGGAGCAAUAGGUAUCCGGAUGGGUCAGGGUGCAAAUGCUGAAACAUAUGCCUGUCUGGAACCGGAGACUACUUCUAAGGUUCUACUCCCUCUGAAAUCCACAGACUGAAAAUGCUGAUGGGAUGAUAGAGAGAGAAAAAAAAAGAGAGAGAGAGAGAGAGAGAGAGAGAGAGAGAGUUAAGAAACAGCAGCACAUGCCCUCAACUCUUCUCCGUGUUUGCACUGACUGCAACAGCUACUGUAUCUGCUGCACAGCCCUUUUAACCAACCAGCUCACCCCUGGAACCAACAAACCCUUUUUAAAGCUCUGUUUCCUGUUCUUGACAUGGACUUGAGGAUUUUUACGAACCCUUCAAUGCAACCUGAGACCAGAUUGGGUCAUUGAGGUCACAAUUAUGCAAUAUUUCCUCUCUUACACACUCCAGUAUGAAAGUGCAUGCAACUCAUAGAGGUUUAAAGGACUAUAUCAUGCAUCAAUCUUGGUUUCAGAGAUUUUGCCAUAUGCUGUAGGACCAAAGAGCAUGUAAACCACACUGAACAGCUAGACAUUCGUGAUAUAGGUUUUGCAUAGAUGUCAUGUCAGACCAGCCAAUGCAGCCCAACAGGUCAGAGGUGGUGAGGAAUGAAAUCUAGACCAGCAAAUAUUCAUAUCUGCCGACUCUGAGAUAUGUAUGGUUAAGACUAUACUAUAUUCUGUUUACAUUCAAAUGGGACACAAUUAUGCAUAUUUCUAUGGCUUUGUAACUGACUGAUGUCACAGGCAGUACCAGUGUUUCUAUGUAGGAUAUGGUUUGGGUCUGGUCACUGUUUGAUGUUUUUUUGUUAUGAAAUGCACAAACUGAAAAUAAUUUGAAAUCAUUUGACUGAUAUCUAUAUAUACAUAUAUGUUCUUUUGUUCUUUUGACCACAGAUUGGUAUUGCUCUCUUUUA